AUGCAUCUGACAACGACAACAAAUGGAGGUGGGGCCAACAAUGCCAAUAACACGGCCGCCUCCAAUACGGCCAACAAUAACAACAACAACAAUUCGAAUACACAGAAUAACAACAAUAACAGUUCGAAUAAUUCAAAUGCCAAUAACAACAACAACAGUUCCAAUGGCAACAACAAUUCGACAGAACAAAAUACUCCGCCCACAGCAGCCCAGCUGCUCAAUGAGGCCUAUACAAAAAUGACUUCGGAUAUCUUGGCCGAACGUACUUUGGGUGAUUUUCUUACCGAACAUCCGGGUGAAUUGAUUCGUACCAGUAGUCCAUUGUUUGUGUGUACAGUGUUACCGCCCCACUGGCGUUCGAAUAAGACACUGCCGGUGGCGUUUAAAGUUGUAUCACUGGGCGAUAUUAUGGAUGGGACAAUGGUGACGGUGCGAGCGGGUAACGAUGAAAACUACUGUGCAGAGCUGAGAAAUUCAACGGCGGUAAUGAAAAAUCAAGUUGCCAAAUUUAACGAUUUACGUUUUGUGGGGCGAAGUGGUAGAGGGAAAAGUUUCACUCUAACCAUAACCGUUUCAACAAAUCCGCCACACAUUGCCACAUACAAUAAGGCCAUAAAAGUUACAGUCGAUGGACCCCGAGAACCACGAUCCAAAACCAUGUUAUCUAUUUUAGGACAACAGCAACAGUUCCAUUUUGCCUUUGGCCAAAGACCGUUUCAUUUCUCGACGGAUCCACUGUCUGGUUUUCGUAUGCCACCAAUUGGCAAUUGUCAAAGUGCCAGUAAUACACAUUGGGGCUAUGGAUCGGCCACGGCAUAUUCACCAUAUUUGGCCAGUAGCGGAUUGUCAUCGUGCACUACACCAACAUCGGCGCAGUUCAAUAAUCCAGCAUUGGGUUUCUCGUGUUCAUCGAAUGAGCAGGCAAAUAAUCAAGAUUUUAGCGGUGCUUCUAAUAGGGAUUGUGUGCCCAUGCUCCCCGAUUCAACAGCAUCCGAUUUGGAUCAACAUCUCAGCAGUUUGGUGGGUUCGACCACGGGGCAAAUGACCCAUCACAGUCUCCUGGGAUCAACGGGACAAACAGCCAUCUCAUCUACGGUAAAUGGAGCAGCUGGAGCGGGUGCCAACUCCAUUUUGGUACCACGUUAUCAUAACACAAACAACGAUUACAAUGUACACUCCAGUCAAAAUGGGCCACGUAGUCUCAGCGACUCAUCGCAAGCCGAAUCACCGGUACAGGAAGAUCUACUCUCCACGAAUACACCCAACUUGGGUGGAGCAAAUGGUAAUGCCACCGCCAAUGGUGGUGCAAACAGCAAUUCCAAUGGCUCGGCCAAUAACUCAUUGGUCGGUUCAAAUCCCAAUUUUACCAAUUUGGUUAAUCAAAGUCAAAAUCCGGCUGGUUAUGGUGGUUCAGCCGGAUCGGGUGUGGGUGUGGGAGGUGGGCAUGGUGGUACUGCCGGUGCUGGUUGUAAUGGUUCUCUCUAUCCCGUUCUGCCAGCCAGUCUCCUGUAUUCUCAAUUAUAUACCGCUGCAAAUCAAUCACAUGGUUUCCAUUCGCAUUCCUUACCCUCACACACAUCGCCCAACUCCACCGUUCAUGGCGAGUUGCAAAGUGUCAUGGAUCACAUUAGCAAUGUGGGUGUGCGACAGCAGCAUAAUAUUAUGUCCGGCGGUGGCGUAACACAUCCCGGUGAUUUGACUUUGAUUGGCAAUUGUGGCGCCUCGGUGCGAAACAUCGAAGAUGGCAAUACUAAUCGCCAGUUGACAGCAUUGGCUGCCCAUCGUGGUCAUCAUAAUCCUGGUGAUAACGGUAGUGUUUGGCGGCCAUAUUGAGGUCAGGUGCUUUGGUGCGGCUCGGCUGUGCUAUAGUGUUACGAGAAUCCGGUGGAG